UGAGCUGUUCUGGACUGCGUGAGAUGCGUAGCCGAUGCGGCUCACGUUUGUGAUGCCUAUGUGUAACCGGCCUUCACAACUUCCGGAUUCCUUGCAUAUUCUCGCUAGUCAGACGGAUUGUCCGAAUUGUGUUAUCUGUUCGUAAUUCAAGGAGGACUGCUGACUCGGUCUGAACUAAUAUUCCAAAGUUUGUUUGCAGAAAAUGGACUCUUUUAGAGGAGACAGGAAAACUGGCAAGGAUGAGGAAAUUAUGAAACAAGGUAUAGGACGUGGACAUCGUGUUUGGUCACAAUUAGAUUCAUGUGUGGGACUCAGACGACCAUACAGUGUAUCAUCUGCUAGUCAAUCCAGUAUAAAAUCCGACUCUUCAUCAUCUACUAUGACGACACAGCAUAAUCAGGAAGAGAAAAAAUUUGCGCUAUCACCACAGGCAGCAGAAUUUAUUCCAAAAUCCAUGCUGCCUCAGGUUUUUAAGUCGCAGUCUUCUUUGGUGCAGUCUUCUCCAGCAGAGCCUAACGUGUAUCUGCCUCUUCAACCUACUCUCCAAUAUCCAAAGAGUUCCAUACAAGACAGAAUCAGAAUAGCUCGUGAAAUACCAUCAAAUGUAUCUGUACCUCCGUCAUUUGCGGAUGAUAGUACUCUAGGAGACAUUUUGGAACAGCAAUGCAAUAUACAGGAUACAGACGUAGGAAAUUACAAUAAUUAUGGAUAUGAUCAAGAUGAUAAAGAGAAGCAACAAAAUGAAAAGGAAGAAGCUUAUAACUUAGAAACUUAUGAUCAUCUCAAUAAAAUUAUCAACAUUUUAAUUAUGAAUCCUGCCGAGUUCGCUAAUCUAGUUCCACCAUUUAUGGACAAGCUUAGGUUGAGUGGAAAUAUGCGUUGCUUGCAGUUGGUUAUUACAACCAUAAUCGAAUGGUCUAUAGCGGAAAGUAAUUUUCGAUAUAAUGGAGCUCGGUUAUGUAAAUAUUUUGACACCAGCUUAGAAGAUUCCAAAGAGAUGUAUAUGUUUUCCAAAGAGCUAUUCAGGGAUUUGUUGUGCUUCCAAUGUAAAUUGGAGACCAGAUUACUCGAAUCUGAAUGGCUUAAUCAACCCGAAGAGCAACGGGACCAACGGAAAUGCAAUGGACUGAUAUUGUUUUUAGCAGAGUUGGUCGCUCAGAUGGAUGAGUCUUACGCUUUCACUUUAGGAGAAUUGUUGGUAUUGUUUAUUACUAGGGUACUGCAAAGACCAGCGUCGAGUUCUGUUAAAUAUAUAUGCCAAGCGCUCAAAUUGGCAGGUCACGUGUUGGAGAAAGAUAAAAGCAGGAGUAAAGACAUGGAGAAUAUGAUGCGGGCAUUAACGGAACUCGUGAAUAAUGGGCAAGUUGAUACGCAUGUAGGAAAUAUGGUAAACAGUGUUCACGAAUUACGAAAGGAUUGGGGUAGAAGCGCGCCCAAUUGUGAUUCAUCUGGGUCGAGUCAUGUGUUAUUUAACGAUGUGCAGCGACAAUCUGAUCAAUUGGGUGCGUCUAAUUAUCAUUCAUCUGAAUCGUUGAAAAUACAGCACCAAGUACCGGAGAAAAUACCUUUCAACCAACCAGUGAUGUAUGGUCCUGACGGCUCGAUUCUGUCUGCGGAGGAAAGCGAAUUUCUUGAGCAGCACGCAAAAGCUGAUUUAGACGAUCAAGGGACAUCUGAAGAAGAACCCGAUGAUAAUUAUGACGAUGAAAUUGCGACUGCUUACGAAGAGUUCUUAAGAGACGCAAAGUGCAAAUAAAAUUCAAACAUGCAAAAUUAUACUCUAGCUCAAGCAUCUCAUUUAUAAAAUACGAAUAUCUCUUAUUUGAAAGUUUGAUAAUUUUCAAAGAGAUAAAAAUUUGAUUACACGACAUUAACGAUACUCCAUGUAUCACGAAAAGUAGGACAAGAUACUCAUCGAUGGAAAAGAAAUGCACCAAACACACGAUUAAUGUUAAAUUCAUAAAGAUCCGCCAUGUACAUAAAUAGUAAUAUCGAUAUGUAUAUGUAGCGUGCAGAGUGGUUCACUUUGAAAUGGAAUGCUUGAAUAAAUUCAUUUCAUUGAACGCGAAAAAAAAUAUUAGGAUGGAACUUACAUAAUUGAAAAACAAAUAUAUUAUAGAAGGAAGUUCUUCUCAAAAUCGUAGUUUGUGUUUCAGGGCAUAUGUUUUCCUUUCAUAUCUUUAGCAAAUAUUUUAAAGUGUAAAAUUUUAUUUAAUUUGCAUCAAUAAAAACUAAAAUAUAAAAAUAGUUAAAAGCUAAAUUUAUUCACAAAUUUAAAGAAGUUUUCAAACCUUCUGUUUCUGACGAUCGACUCUGUACAUAGAUACGUGUUCUAUAUGGCAAAUAUAUGUGUAUUUUGCAUUUAUUUAAAGUUUUAAGCGUAUGUGUAUUUGUACGAAAAGUUUCCUAAAUAUAUAACACAAGUUUUAUAUAA